AAACCGUGCAGCAUUGGAGAUCCACAGCAGAGAGCACAAAAUACAGAUGGACGACUAAUGACUAGAGCUUCUGGGACAGCAGAUGAGAGUCCACUAAUUCUCCUUGAGGGCUCCUUGGUACUAUAUGGCUGCUCAGAGGAAAAUUCCGGCAAACUUGUAUCUUAUGACUCUUUCUUUGCUCAAGUUGUGGCAUCAGAAUACAACACUGCCUUCCAAAAAUAUCUCAUAAGCAUGGAUGGCAAGAAUGAAACCUCUCAGCAAAUGUGUAGUAGUAAGGAGUCAAACGUAGCAGCAAACAAAUGGAAUGAUAUUCCAAAAGCACUGCAAGAGGUCAAAAACCACCUUGGGGAUGGAGCAGCAAAAAACAUAAUGGAGAGAGUAAAAACAGCAGAGAAAAAGAAGGAAAAACAAAGUAACGAUGUAGACAGAGCAUGCCAUGAACAGAAAUCAGAAAACUAUGAAAGCCUAGAUGUGGAAAAAGAAGAAACCACAUUAGAGACUGGCAAACAGUUAAUCCCGACACCUCUGUCUUGUAUUCCUCUGGAAAAACUAACGGACAUAGAAAUGGAGUUGGUUUACACUGAUGAGGAGGACAUUCCCUUUGAGUUUGCUGAGCCUGUGGUGUCUACAAGCACCCAAUCAGCGUGUCGUGAUUCUGAAAAAGCAGAUGCUGUGAGCGCAACGAAAGGCAGCGCUUUGCCCCACAUUGACAAACAGCUUCAGAUGACCCUCCAGGAAGCCAGCUCUUCCUACAGGCAGGAGAACUACACAGAAGCAGCAGAGCAGUUCUCAAUGGCACUGGAGCUUUGCAGUAAAGGUGCUGCCAUAGACAAUGCCUUUGAGCCAUCUCCAGAAGAUAUUUCCAGUAUCGCCAGUUUUAUUGAGACAAAGCUUGUAACCUGCUACUUAAAACUGGAAAAGCCUGAUGAUGCUCUGAAUCAUUCACACAGGAGCAUUAUUCUGAACCCAGCUUAUUUCCGGAACCACCUGCGCCAAGCUGCUGUGUUUAGGUGCUUAAAGAGAUACUCUGAAGCUGCAAG